AAUUAAUUGGGGAUUUUUCGGCUCAAUUGAAGGGCGAUCUGUCGUUCUAGACAGACUCAGAGACUGCCAUGAUGUUUAAACGCAUUGGUGGCCAGACGCUUCGGUGUGCCGGGAGCAGGCCUAUUGCUCGGAGGAAGCUCUAUGAUCGCAAAUUCUCCGCCUAUACCAGUCCUUCGAGUACGGCUGCAGCCUCGACAGCUUCGCCAUUGGGCGGAAUCACCGUGGAGCUGGAUCGAAUUGCUCCCCGGUUUGAGAUUCCUGCGUCAAAGAUUACGAUUCUGGAUUCACCCGCCUCAUUCUACACCACAUUGAAGGAUAAAAUCCGCAAGGCUCGACGACGCGUCUACCUUUCUACGUUGUACAUAGGCAAAUCGGAAUAUGAACUCGUUCAGACUCUGGAUCAGGCUCUUCGGGAGAACCCCGAACUCAAAGUAUCCAUCCUUACAGACGCUUUGAGAGGGACUCGAGAAACCCCCGACCCAUCCUGCGCUUCCCUUCUAUCGUCGUUGAUCACGGAGCAUGGAUCGGAUCGUGUGGAAAUUCGGAUGUUUCAUACACCCAAUCUCACUGGGUUGAGGAAGAAAUGGAUUCCCCGAAGAAUCAACGAGGGCUGGGGUCUUCAACAUAUGAAGCUCUAUGGUGUUGAUGAUGAGAUCAUACUUUCUGGGGCAAAUCUAUCCAGUGAUUACUUCACAAAUCGUGUGGAUAGGUAUCAUGUUUUCAAAUCCCAAGAACUUGCCGAUUACUAUGCCAGCAUCCAUCACGCGGUUUGCAGUCUUAGCUUCCAGAUCCUACCCGAUCCACACAACGCGUCAGGAUAUCUCAUGGACUGGCCGACAUCUAAUGGUGCGCCUUCACCUCUGGAGAAUCCUGAGAACUUUAUCGCCCAUUCGUCCACAGUAUUGAACCCACUGGUCCAGCCAGCCGAUAACAAACCCGCUAUUGAAUCCACAUCUUCAAGUCAAACAUAUGUAUACCCCAUUGCACAAUUCACGCCAUUAUUGAAACCAGAUACGUCCACCGAAUAUCCGGCCGUCACUACUAUCCUUCGCCUACUUUCAGGCUCAUCUGCGUUUUCCGGUGCUCGCUGGCUCUUCACGGCCGGUUAUUUCAACAUGCACCCUGUCCUGUCUUCUCUCUUAAUCGAAAGCACAUCUGCUUCUCAUACCUCAUCCACCACCCGGGGCACAGUACUUACCGCUUCGCCUUGGGCUAAUGGGUUUUUCGGCUCUGCUGGCAUCUCAGGCAUGCUCCCUGCUGCUUAUACACACCUCUCCGCCCGGUUUCUUGAUCGGGUAGCGCAAGCACAAAGAACCGACUCAAUUCAGCUCAAAGAAUGGCGACGUGGAACCGUUGGGGAACCGGAAGGGUGGACUUAUCAUGCGAAGGGCUUAUGGAUCACUUUGCCAAAGGAGGAGCAUCCUAGCUUGACAUUCGUCGGAAGCAGCAACUACACCAAGCGUAGCUACAGUCUUGACCUAGAGGCUGGUGCGUUGGUUGUUACCAAUGAUGAAACGUUGAAAAAGAAGCUGGGUGCUGAGACUGAAUUGCUUCAAAAGGACGCAAAAGCCAUCUCAAGAGAGGAUCUGAGACGGACCGAAAGACGAGUAGGCUGGAAUGUGCGGUUGGCCAUGUGGAUUGUGGAAAAGGUCGGUGGUGCGCUGUAACAACAUUUGCAUUUUGUUUAAAUAGACCGAAUUUUGUAAUACCCCCAUGUAAUAAGUGACGAUAAUUGUAUACAGGAAUCUAUAUAGAAUCGAUGCUACGUCCGCAUCGCAGUCUACUUGUUAAAAUUGUAUAGAAAGUAUAUACCAUGUUCUAUCAUUGAUGGCUAUGUCAAAACUCCACAUAGAUAAAAGAAAUAUACUUUUAUGCUCAUACCGAAAGACAAACACAUAGCAUAAGAAAAG